UUUAUUAAUUCAUAUCAUUUCAUUCGAUCUACUAUCUUCCCAGGUACUAGCCAGGGGGUACGUUGCUUGGUUGCGUUUAGCGGGGACAGUUGAUAAACGACCUCCGCACCCUAGCUUCUUCAGCAUCUAGAUCAACUUACCAAGUUGGUCUAAACCGAGACUAUUGAAGAAACUUAUUAUAUUCUUAUCUGUUACCGCGACCUAUCAUCGCGCGUUUCUAAGCUGGAUUACUCAUAAGAUACCCUUUCACUAUAUACCAAGAGUAGUUAAUUCAAGAUGCGAAUUGAUUACACCGGUAUAUUAGAAACUAGCCUCAACAUCCAGAACGGCGGAGAUAUCCGAACAGUUACCAACUGCGAGGGUCGGGGUGGUAGUUCGCCACGGCACCUUAUCUCUUCCCACAUGGGACCCCUGAAGGAGAGCCGACUAGGCCAUAGUUGACUAAACUAUACUACCUACCCAAGAGCAUUAUCCAAAACAUGGCUUUCCUCUCUUUCAACUUGGAUUCAUAUAGUUCUGACACGCACCUUUCAAUUCUGUUGAUCGGAGUUGUUGCCGAACAUGUCUGUAACACAGCCUCCCGACGGAAAAAUGGCUGAGAAAAGCGUGGUACAAGAUGUUGCUCAAAAUGGCGACGGGGAAAGCAUCGAAGUGGAAGUUUCCGAAGCAACACGAGGUACAAAACGCGGUCUAAAAUCCCGACAUGCGCAACUCAUCGCGCUGGGUGGUACUAUCGGCACGGCUCUAUUCGUCGGUAGCGGACGCACUCUCGCCAAAGGAGGACCGGGUUUCCUCCUAUUAACUUAUAUACUUAUGUCCGGCCUUGUCCUCCUCAUCGUCGCUGCCAUUACCCAGACAGCUUCGUACUUGCCGGUGAAAGGAGCCACUCCCAGCUAUUUCGCAUCUCGCUAUGUUUCCAACUCUCUUGGAUGGUCAAUGGGAUGGUUCUAUUGGUACUCAUUCGGAAUAUUCGUCCCUUACGAACUUACGGCAUCAUCUCUCGUGAUCGAAUUCUGGAAUCCGCCGAUUAAUCCAGCGGUAUGGAUUACGAUUAUGCUUGUGGUUGUCGUAGGACUGAACCUACUUCCUGUUUCCGUCUACGGCGAAACGGAGUUCUGGUUCGCAUCGCUUAAAGUCAUCACGAUUAUCGGAUUGCUCAUGCUCUCUUUCAUCCUGUUCUGGUGGGGCGGUCCGGGCAAUCCCCGACUUGGAUUUCAUUAUUGGAAUGAUCCCGGUGCGGUUAAUCAUUAUAUCCUCGAAGGUCCUAGCGGAUUGGCGGUUAGCUUUUGGAGCACACUAAUUUCGGCUUUGCUACCGUUCUCUUUUGCGCCGGAGAUGCUUGUUUUCUGCAGUGGUGAAAUGAAAUCGCCGCGUCGUAAUUUGCCGAGGGCCGCGAAAAGCUUCGUUAUGCGUAUCCUCAUCUUUUACGUCGGCUCCGUCAUCGCAAUCGGCGUCAUCUGCCCUUCGAACGACCCGGGUCUAAGCAGCGGUGGCCAAGGCGCUGGUUCAUCUCCGUUCGUUCUCGGUAUUAAGAGAGCCGGUAUCCAGGGACUCGACAGCGUCGUCAACGCGGUGAUUCUCACAUCGGCCUGGUCCGCCGCCAACGCAUUCAUUUACCAAUCGAGCCGAUCACUUUACUCUAUGUCCAUUAAUGGGGAUGCGCCGAAGAUUUUCUCUAGGUGCACUAAGAAAGGUGUUCCGUAUGUGGCCGUAAUAGGCUCCUCACUGUUUUCGUUACUGGCGUAUCUCAACGUCAACUCGAAGUCAGGAGUGGUUUUCGAUUGGCUAGUCAACCUAGUGAACACGGCAGCUUUCAUCUCUUGGGUUUCUUGCGCAAUUACGAACGUACGAUUCCAAAAAGCCUUUGCCGCGCAAGGUCUGGACGAGAAGGAGCUUCCUUUCAAGGCACUUUUCCAACCUUGGGCUUCAUACUUCUGUAUCAUUGCUUUUACAGCACUUUGCCUGAUCAAUGGUUUUGACGUCUUUCUGCCAGGCUCGUGGUCGGUUUCUUCCUUCCUAAGUGCCUAUAUCGGCAUUCCGAUCUUCUUCUGUCUUUACCUUGGCCACAGAUUUACUGUGGGAAGAUCCGAUCCUUGGUUUAUUCCAUUGAAGGAGGUUGAUCUUUCGACCGGAUUAGAUGAGUUAAAGGCGGACGAGAAGCCGGAAGACGUGUCGCCUUCUUUGAGGACGCGACUGUGGGGUAUGGUUAAGAAGUCUUGAUUUUACAUAGAGGAUAAAGUGAAGGGAAUAGUCUACAGAACACUCAUAAUAAGAGCUAACACAAUAGAUAAAUUGCCAUCCCACCCACAAUUUAUAUUAUCAACUUCCGUCCUACCGGUCUCUGAAUUCUAUAUCCCGCUGGAGACUUGAUUAUUUACGCAAGUGUAUCAGCGCCUAGCUCAUUUAGAUGCC